AGAGGUCACGUUGAGGUAACAACAAAGAUGGCGGCGCUCGGUGCUGUGCACUGCAUGUUUCGGAGCUUCACCCGUGUCAGAAAUGUGCACAAAAAUAAGAAAAUGUCGAUGUUGAAGUGGAGCGCGAGGACGUGGUGUAGUGACACGCAGAACACAGCUCCAGGAGAGAAUGUCCAGCCCCAGUUCACUGAUCCAGCAGUGCAGGAACUCCUCACCAGAAUAACAGGCCUGGACCUGCAGAAAGUGUUCCGGCCCAUCAAACAGGAGCUCAAGCCCCCCACGUACAAACUCAUGACAGAUGAGCAACUGCAGCAGGCAACGCAGCAGGCUGCCGAACAGGCCAAGAAGCUGCUGCAGAUGCCGCCCGUUCUCCCAGAGAGGAAGCCCAUCGAUGAUGUUCUGACGGUGGACACCAUUCUGGAAGGGAUGGACACUGCCAGAUAUGUCUUUACGGACAUUACCUACAACAUCCCACACAGGGAGAGGUUCAUCGUCGUUCGAGAGCCAAACGGAAGUCUCAGGAAGGCGACCUGGGAGGAGAGAGACCGGCUCAUCCAGGUGUAUUUCCCCAAGGAGGGGCGCAAGCUGAUGCCUCCUCUCAUCUUCAAAGAGGAGAACCUCAGGAUGGUGUUUUCCCAGGACCGUCAUCAGGACGUGUUGGACUUGUGUCUGGUCCAGUUUGAACCAGACUCUGCAGAUUACAUCAACGUCCACAGAGCCACAUAUGAAGACCUGGAGAAGCAGGGUAAAUACCAUUUGCUCCGGUCCACCCGACACUUCGGGGGCAUGGCCUGGUACCUGGUGAACUCCCGCAGGGUUGAUGGGCUGAUAGUGGACAUGCUGAAGAGGGAGCUUCUUGAUGAUGCCGUGAGCCUCGUGUCUCUUUUCCACAUGGUCCAUCCCCACAGCCAGUCUGCCCAGGAGGCUGCCAGCCAACAAGCCAGUGGGACUGACCUGCUGAAGAUCUACGCACAGAAGGAAUCCCAAAGGUCGGGUUACAUCAAGCUGGCCCUGCAGGCGUUCGAGCAGAAGGCCGUCGAAGGCUCAUCUGUCUGAUGACACACCGGGAUGAACGUCCAGACGUUCAGACUGCUGCCGAGGAAGAUUUGACCGCCUCUGUUUCUAUGUGAUGGUUCAGAAUGCCGCUCAACUUAGAGCAAAGCAGAACCCCCUAGAAACCCCCACCUGCAAGAAGACAUGACUAUAGCAGAUAAAAUAAAACCAACCUUUGUACCGA